CGGAAUACUUAUUUUCUUUGAAAUGCAGGCUGAGGAUUAGCAUGCUCGCAUCCCUUUAAAAGCUGACCUAUUUCAGGAAUUCCUUUUAAAAUCCCUGGCGCUGCUGGCAGCACGGCCUCUCUCGGCGGAUGCCUCGCUGCCGCUCCCAUCAUUAUUCUCACUCCGCUACCGGGGUGCUACAGUGAGCCGAGAUUUGGGCAGAGCGACGAGCGAGGUGCCGGCUGCGAGCAGCUUGGACCAAACCACAGCAGCCAGCUCCUGGCCAGCCUGGGAGCGACGCUCAGCACCCCGUUGUCUACGGGCAACACCGCGCUGACCACCGGACCCCACAGGCCUCAGCGAGCCAGCCCCCGGCCACCGGCAGCGAGCUCCGCUCCGCCCCGCUGCCGCCCACCGCUCCGGCUCUCCCGCUGGCUGCGCAGCCUCGCCGGCUGGCUGCAGCUCCGUGGGGAUCCCUGCACUCCCCCCGUGGCCCACCGAAGGGCUCGGCGGCAUGGCUGCGGUGCGCAGGAAGUUUGGGGAUGAGUACCAGGCGGUGGGCCCAGGCGGCGGUGGUGCCCGCAGAGAGCGGCAGCGCUUCGUGGACAAGAACGGGCGCUGCAACGUGCAGCACGGCAACCUGGGCGGCGAGAGCAGCCGUUACCUCUCCGACCUCUUCACCACGCUGGUGGACCUCAAGUGGCGCUGGAACCUGCUCAUCUUCCUGCUGACCUACACGGUCGCCUGGCUGGUCAUGGCUUCGAUGUGGUGGGGCAUCGCCUACCUGCGAGGGGACCUGCACCGGGCGCACGAUGACACCUACAGCCCGUGCGUGGCCAACGUGUACAACUUUCCCUCCGCCUUCCUCUUCUUCAUAGAGACCGAAGCCACCAUCGGCUACGGGCACCGCUACAUUACCGAGCGCUGCCCUGAGGGCAUCGUGCUCUUCCUCUUCCAGUCGCUGCUGGGUUCCAUCGUCGACGCGUUCCUCAUCGGCUGCAUGUUCAUCAAGAUGUCCCAGCCCAAGAAGCGAGCCGAGACCCUCAUGUUCAGCCGCGCCGCAGUCGUCUCGCAGCGGGAUGGCAAGCUCUGCCUCAUGUUCCGCGUGGGCAACCUCCGCAACAGCCACAUGGUUUCUGCCCAGAUCCGCUGCAAGCUGAUCAAGUCCCGACAGACACCGGAGGGGGAAUUUCUGCCACUAGACCAGUGUGAACUGGAUGUUGGAUUUGGAACUGGAGCUGACCAGCUGUUUUUAGUUUCCCCAUUAACCAUCUGUCAUGAAAUUAACUCAAAGAGCCCCUUUUUCUGUCUCUCACAAAGAUCACUAAGAAGCGAGCAAUUUGAAAUAGUUGUCAUCCUUGAAGGAAUCGUUGAGACUACCGGAAUGACAUGUCAAGCUAGAACCUCGUAUACAGAAGAUGAAGUUCUUUGGGGUCACAGAUUCCUGCCGGUAAUGUCCCUGGAAGAUGGCUUUUUCCGUGUCGAUUAUUCUCAGUUUCAUGCUACAUUUGAAGUCCCCACUCCUCCUUACAGUGUUAAAGAGCAAGAAGAAAACCUCUCUCUGUCAUCUUCUUUGAACAGUCCUAUUGAUAACAACAAGACCAGAAGGGAAAAGGUUUGUUCACUUGACUGCAUUGACAUUGCAGGAGAGAAAAACAAGCUCCCUUUUAAACUUCAGAAGAUCAGCUCGAGAAAGGAAGACCUUCCGAGAAGAGCCCUGAGAAUGAGUUCCAGUAACACGGGGAAGACUUGCAGUACCGGAGAUCUCUUGAAUAUUCAAGAAAUGAGUCCCAUCUCCAAUGGUGAAGAUGGUGAUGAAAGGAUACAGCUGAAAGCCUUAAAAAUGAAUGCUGAGGCUUAGACUCAGUCUAACAGCGAUCUCAAGUUCCAGAAGAAGCUUCCAACUACACGUGUUCUAGAGAUGAAAUGGGAAGAUUAUUUGCCUGCCAAUCUUUGCAAAAUGAACUCUGAUCACCUCUCUUAAGAGCAGAAUCAACAUGAGUCAUUGUUCAUAAACGACAUGCAAGACUGCUGACCUGAAAGAGUUUUCUUACAGUAAUGAAAUAAUUUGGUUUUGCUACAUUCAGGAAGAAUGAUCCUUUUUGUAUAAUUGUUCUGUACACAUCUAAUUUAGGUAGCAUAAUAGGAAUCUGAGGGGCAGUAAGGUUAGACUGUUGUGCCAAAGAGGUCACUGCCCUAAUAUUAUUUAUCAGCAUGCUCGUUGCAAAUCCACAUCGUCUUCCAUAUUUGUAGAUGCUUUUUCAUGAAGCAAGGACUUUAUCCUUAUUGCAGAGUAAUAUAUUCAGAGAUCAAGGCAAAAAAGGUGUAAAACCAGCUAAAACAGAGUCUUGUGCUGAUCAGAUCUUGGACUGUUCCUGCUGUAACAGCUGAACACAGGAAGAAUCUGUGAUGCUACUCAGUUGUAGUCCAGUUCCCUGCAUUAUCCUGUUGGAAGGCUGCCCUCCUGUACGCCGAGAGGCACGCAUCCUUCUUUCUCUCAGUGUUUGUGGCAUGCCAGCUCCCUGCCCCCAGCUUCCUUCACUGUCACGCAGGUAAAGGAGGCAGUUUGCAACAGCCCUUUGUGUCAUUGGUCUUGCACAAGCUCUCAUAAACGUCAGGAUGAUUUAUUCUGUCCAAAAUUAGACCCCACUGUUUGAUUGCAUGGAUUAUGAGUUGGAUAUUAAUGGCUGUAUCACCACUCACUGUGAAGGGAACACAAGGUGAGUAGCUCAGAGGUCAAUACCUCAAGUUAGCGGUAUGUUUCAUACCUCAACUCCCUGAGUUGUUAGUUUGGAGACUCCUUGUAAGUAGAUGAAAACAAAACACUAAUUAACUUUCAGUCAUUACAGGAAUAGACAAUAGUACGCACACACCUCAGAGUUUCACCAACAGUAAGGGUCUUUGAUGUGGCUCGUUCUCUUUUGUUAUGUUUGCCUUCCCUACUCAUGUAUGAUUCUCAAUCAUUUUGUGGAUUUGAAAUUUAUAAUAUGCAAUUUAUUGCAAGGUAGAACUCUGCAAUAAUAGUAAAUUAAUAUUAAAUAAAUAUAUUAAAAUAGUGAAA